CUGCAUCCUCAUUGUGUCACAGGUUAUCUGUCCAAAGUGCUGAGGAACUACUCUGAGCAGGCCUGUGACGGAGACUUCCUGUCCAUUCGCUGCCCACAACGCACCACCAUCACGGUCCAGUCAGCUUUCUAUGGAAGAAGAGGUGGCUCUGGUCCUCAGCAGUGCCCUCAGACCUACCAGGCCCUCCUAAGUUCACGUCGCACUCAGGAUCAUGAUCAGUAUUGUUCUGUGUCAACUGCACUACAGAAAAUGCUGGACGAGUGCCAAGACAGAAGGAGCUGUCAAAUCCUUGUCAACAGCCGCGUGUUUGGGACGGACCAGUGUCCUGGCAGCAGUAAAUACCUCAUUGUCUGGUACAAAUGCAGACCUAAUGAGUAUAAGAGUAAGGUGGUCUGUGAGGAGGAGAGGAUGAGGCUGAGCUGCAAACGGGGAAUGCAGAUUGCUGUUUACUCCGCCAUGUUUGGCCGAACUCAGCAGGGCACACUGGAGUGCCCCCCUCACCACAGGAGGGCCCCAUCAGUAGAGUGCCAGUCCGCUGUGGCCCUGCAGGUUCUAACUACUCGCUGCCAGGGGAAGAAAAGCUGCCUGGUCCGAGCCUCCUCCAGAGACUUCGGAGAUCCAUGUUACGCUGGCACCAGGAAGUACCUCAGCGUCAUCUACACAUGUGGUGAGUCACAAGUCACCCAAUCCGACUACUUAAUUUCUUCCACCAGGGGGUGA